AUGGACGACAUUGCGGAGUGGGCAGAGUCGGAAGGGAUCACUGUCGAGGAAGCGCUGCUUUUGAUCUUUGAGUCCAGAGGUCUCGAGAUCAUCGACGACGAAUACAUCGCUGCCUUCAUUCCUCUUCCUGAAUCUCCACCUCCGGAGCCAGUAGACAUGGCCGAAGUCGAAACCGUCCCCCCUCCUCCUGCCGAUUGGAAAGGCGAGAGUGAGCAAAAUCCGAGCUUCCACGCCAUCGCGUCGCUGAGUCCACCUGUUCAUCGCAAGAUUGAACCCUACGGUGCUGCUUUCCUGGCUCACGCUCGUCGCAAGGCCCACGGUCGCACCUUUUCUGAAGACGACAGAAUUCAAGCCGCUGCUAAGGCAAAGCGUACUGAGGACGAAGAUGAUGGCGAAAUCAGCGAACCUGAAGAUCCAAUGAUGCUUGCGCGUGACGCGAAGGACUGGAGGGGUCAAGAUCACUAUGCUGUCCUCGGCCUCAGCAAGUACCGCUACAAAGCCACCGAUGAGCAGAUCAAGAAGGCCCAUCGCAAGAAGGUUCUCAAGCACCACCCUGACAAGAAGACCGCUGCUGGACAGGAAGAAAACGACAGCUUCUUCAAGUGCAUUCAGAAGGCUCACGAAAUCCUCACCGAUCCUGUCAAGCGCAGACAAUUUGAUAGUGUUGACGAGGCCGCCGACGUUGACCCUCCCUCCAAGAAAGAAGUGUCCAAGCCAUCCGCAUUCUACAAGAAAUGGAGCGCAGUCUUUGAGAGCGAAGCACGAUUCAGCAACAAGCAGCCCGUCCCUAAGCUCGGCGAUGACAACAGCACCCAGGAGGAGGUUGACAACUUCUACGAUUUCUGGUACAACUUUGACUCGUGGCGUACAUUUGAGUAUCUCGACGAGGACGUUCCGGACGACAACGAAGGCCGUGAUCACAAGCGACACAUUGAGAAGAAGAAUGCAAAUGCACGCAAGAAGCGCAAGACCGAAGACACGGCUAGACUGAGGAAGCUGGUCGACGACUGCUUGGCUGGUGAUGAACGUAUCAAGAAGUUCCGACAACAGAAGAACGCUCAGAAGAACAAGAAGAAGCUCGAGAAGGAACUCGCCGCCAAGAAAGAGGCCGAAGAGAAGGCAAAGGCUCAGGCCGAGGCCGAGCGUCUCCAGAAGGAGGCUGAAGAGAAAGCCAAGGUCGAGAAGGAGGCCGGCAAGAAAGAGAAGCAGAAGGCAAAGGACGCCGUCAAGAAGAACAAGCGCGUGGUCAGAGCCAGCGUCAAGGACGUCAAUUACUUUGCUGCCGCCGAGCCUAGUGCUCAAGAGGUCGACGCGGUCUUGGACGAUGUCGACAAGUUCUUGGGUGCGGCUGACCCCGAUCAGCUUGCUGAUCUUGUUGCCAAGCUGAAUGUUGCUGGGAAGGACGCUGGCAAGGUCAAGGUCGCCUUCUCCGAGGCUACCGGUGGCCUUGUUGGCGCCGGUAAGCUCAAGGAGAGCGACCUCAAGGUCUUCAAGUGA